GUCCUGAAGAUAUAUACCAAGAAUUUCUGUCAGAAGAAUAUGCAGAAUUUAUGCAUCUAAUAACACGGUUCCAUGUACAAGAUCCACUCGCAAAUGCUUUUAUACGAUUUUUUAACAAGUAUUCAAAUCGUGAUGAUCAUCUAUUACCAUCAACAUUACAAAGUGGGUGGGCAUUUAUCGAGGAUCUUAAUCUUCCAAACUUUGGUUGGAGAAAAGAAACUAUUUUCAAGUAUGAAGGGCUGGAAUAUAUGCUUGAGUUUAGAACAGUGCUCGAUGGGAUACACCAACUCUUAAUCAACAAGAGUAUCACUGAAGAAUUCAUAUUUAAAUAUAAGUCAUCUUUUGAUAAU